AUGGCUUCCUCAGCGAACCAACAGCAAUCCUUCCCAGCUGUGCCUCCAUCUAUGUCCGCUGGCGAUCAUGAGAUGCGAGACUACUACGCACCGCAAAAUGCACCACGACCCCCAAUGAACCAAACACCAAACUUCAAGCCAUACCUUGGCCUUCGAGCUAGGCUCUCGCAAAUAUGGAUCAACCGCUGGACGAUUCUCCUCCUUCUAGUGCUCGUCCGCCUGCUUAUCGCCAUCGCGAGCACCGACUCAAGCCUUGCUUCCGCACGUCGCGAAGCCCUCAGUGCUUGCACCCAAGUCGAGAAUAUGGGCAGCUCCAUGGCUUCCAUGCCUCAUUACAUGGCGAAGGGCGUUAACGAGAUGACCGCUUCUGGUGUUGAGAAGGCAGUCGGUGGCCUCAUGUCCAUGUUGGAGAUGAGCGUCACUGGUGUUGAGGAGAUUGUUCUCUUUGUCAUUCACAUGAUGACACAAACAUACCUCUGCCUGAUCACACUGGCUGUUCGCGGCAGCCUUCACGCUGCUGUGGAAAUUGGCACCGAAAUCAGCAAGACCCUCAAUGCAACUAUCGAUGAGGUCACCGACGACAUGGGUAACGCCGUCAAGUCCGUCACAGACGGUAUCAACUCCGUCCUCGACAAGAUCAACUUUAACCUUCCCGGAUUCGACAAGCCGGAGAUCAACCUGGACUCUCAGAUCAGCAAGUUGAAGGGACUGGAAGUACCACCCGAGCUCCAGCAAGGCCUCCAAGAGUUGAACAACUCGAUUCCCACAUUCGAACAGGUGCAGAACUUUACCGACAACAUCAUCCGCCUGCCGUUCGAAGAGGUCAAGAAGCUGAUUCGGGCGACAAACAACUUCACGUUCGACCGUGAUGCGCUUCCUAUCCCGCAGAAAGAGAAGCUCGACUUCUGCUCCGAGGGCAACUCCAUCAAUGAGUUCUUCGACGACCUCAUCAAGAUGGCUUACGAUGCACGCAAGAUCGCUCUUGGCGUGCUGAUUGUCCUCGCCAUCCUUGUCUGCGUCCCCAUGGCAUGGAUGGAAGUCCGCCGAUACCGUAGGAUGCAAGAACGUGCCGCACUCUUCGCGGAAGGCUAUGAAGCUAUGGACGUUGUCUACCUAGCCUCGCGCCCCACUUCUUCCGGCUUUGGCCUGUGGGUUGGCAGGCGCUGUGGCUCAGCUCGCCGUCAGGCAAUCAUCCGCUGGGCCUGGGCCUACGCUACCUCCGUGCCCAUGCUCUUCCUGCUGGCUCUGGGUAUCGCGGGUCUCUUCGCCUGCUUCUGUCAAUAUCUCUUGUUGAAGGCCAUUCAAGACAAGACUCCCGAGCUCACGGAACAGGUCGCUGACUUUGCCGGCAAGGUUGUUGCUGCCAUGAACAACGCCUCCAUGUCUUGGUCUGAGGGCGUCAAUGGCGCCGUCGGCAAGCUGGAUGACGAGAUCAACAACGAUAUUCUGGGCUGGGUCAACACCAGCACUACCGCAGUCAACGAGACCCUCAAUGUUUUCGUGGACGAGAUGAGCAAGACCCUCAACUCGACAUUUGGCGGUACCGUCCUGUACGAUCCCAUCAAGGACGUGCUGAACUGCCUCAUCGGCCUGAAGAUCGCUUCCUUCCAAAACGGCCUCACCUGGGUCCAAGAGCACGCUCACGUCAGCUUUCCUGGCGUGGCGAACGACACUCUCUCUCUUGGCGCCGCAGCUGAGGCCAGCGACUCUUCUUCUGCUGCUGCACUGCUGUCCAAUCCCAACGGCAAGGCGGCGGACGAGAUCACCGAAGCAGUUGACCGCGUUAUAGAGAAACUCCUGAGCGGCAUUCAAACCGAAGCGCUCAUUUCCACCGCACUUGUGCUCGUCUGGCUCUUCAUCGCCAUCGGUGGCCUCGUAUACGCAUCGACUCAUCUCUUCCGCCGCGACUCAGAGACAGGUAGUGCCUACUACAUCGACCCAUCCUUGGACCAAUCCAAAGCCCAUGUCAACCCUUCUGAUGCCGCCCCGCCCCAGUACGUCGCCAACGACUACCAAGUCAACAAGAGCGCGCCCUACACAAUCACUCCCCGACCUUUCCAGACCGUCGAGCCCGACGCUGAGAAGAUUGGGCAAGCAGGUGCGCGCGCCGUGUCCGACUCGGCUCGUCCCGGCCACGCACGCAUGAGCAGCCACGGCACCCUCGCCGAGCCUUCGCCCAUGGACGAGAAGCACAAUCCAUUUUCCGACCGGCGCUGA